AUGCUCAAAUUGGAUGAUCGUCGUGAAGCACUCUCUUCGUCAAUCAGAGACAGAGAAACUACUCGUAGACCAGACGAUCGCCAUGAACUUCCUAUGAGAGGACAAAGUCGAAAACUGCCAUGGACAGCAGAAUGUCAUUCUUGCUACCUGUCAAACCCUCUCCUCAACUACCCCGUAUACCAACCUCAACACGUAUUCUUCGACACGUGGCAGUACGGUACUCCUCAGCCUUUUGAUGUUUUUCAAAACUAUCCGUUACCCAAUCCCUAUACCGAACAACCGAUUCCUCCAGAAGGCGUCCCACCCCAAGUGUUCCAGGAGACAUUCCCAGAACAACUUCAAGAAAGUCCUCUAGAAGUGAUGACAAGCUCAUGCUAUGAGACUUCGUAUGAAACGGGUCCGGAAAAUGGAAAUGAUUCGUCAAGCCCGGAUACUGUGGUCGAAGUGAAACAGAAAUCCAACUCCGCGAAGCCAUCUCGAGACGUCGUAUGUUCUAAUUGUUCAACAAAUGAAACAACUCUGUGGCGAAAGAAUGAAAAUGGGGAUCUCGAGUGCAAUGCUUGCAACUUAUACUUCCGUCAUAACAAAAAGAAACGUCCACUUUCUCUUCGGAAGGAGAAACCAGCCACGAGAAAAAGACAAAAGAGGAAGUAA